AUGAACCCCGAGUGGUACGCAGCCCCCCCAUACGACUACCUCUUCAAGCUCCUCCUCAUCGGUGAUUCCGGUGUUGGAAAGUCUUGCUUGCUGCUGCGAUUUGCCGAUGACACCUACACCGAGUCUUAUAUCUCCACCAUCGGUGUCGAUUUCAAGAUCCGAACGAUAGAACUCGAUGGCAAGACCGUGAAGCUGCAGAUCUGGGAUACCGCCGGCCAGGAGCGUUUCCGAACCAUCACCUCGUCUUACUACCGCGGUGCUCACGGCAUCUGCGUCGUCUACGAUGUCACUGAUAUGGACUCCUUCAACAACGUCAAGCAGUGGCUCCAGGAGAUUGACCGGUAUGCUACCGAGGGCGUCAACAAGUUGCUCGUAGGCAACAAGAGCGAUAUGUCCGAUAAGAAGGUUGUCGAGUACACUGUUGCCAAGGAAUUCGCUGAUAGCCUGGGCAUCCCAUUCCUCGAGACUUCCGCCAAGAACGCCAGCAACGUUGAGCAGGCUUUCCUGACCAUGGCUCGCCAGAUCAAGGAGCGCAUGGGCACCACGACUGCCAACAACACGAAACCCAGCGUGCACGUUGGCCAGGGCCAGGGUGUCGGCAACUCUUCCAACAGCAGCUGCUGUUAA